GUAAAUUCGUAGGUGCAGCUGAGAAGGUCAACAUUAGUUAGCAGAGGAGAGCCGCACACCGAGGACUCAUACCAGGGCGCAGUGGUGUAGCGUCUUGGUGAUUGUAGCCUAUUUUGGAUCCUUUAAUUUUUGUAGUGUUUGCUAUUUCAAAAAUAAUGCAGCUAGAGAAUAUUCUUCCCAGCGCAUCAACCAUCAAUUUACCCAAUACUUUUUAUAACCUCUCGUCAUCAGAUAGUGCAAAUAAUAGCCCGGGGCCAUCGCAGAUCGAAUAUCAAGAAGUUGACCGGACGGAAUCCGAACCAAGUAACGGUCCCAAUAAAUAUUUGAGCGGAGUGGGGAACGCCAUGAUGGGUGAGGGAGAGGGCAACGCCUUCACCGGGACUAAAGCUGCCCCAGACGGAAGAAAAGGCUCACCAGUCCUCGGUGAGGAUGACCAAUCCACUGGCCGGCGGUACAACAUAGAUGAACUUGGCACUGACAGAUACUUUAUAUCCUCCUCACAGACGAGCUCCGAUGUGGCAAAUCAGUGUUCCCUCUUUCCAUACGCAGGACAAACUGGGACAGUGUACAGCGGGGCAAAUGGAUCCAGGUAUUCCUCCCUUCAUUACGGAUCGGUCCUGCCACCGACAGGGUUUUCAUCCUCCGUGUGCCCUAGCCGGAGUCAGUUUGGCAGUAGCUACCAGUUCGGCCAGGGUCCAGGUUGCCUGUACCCCUCCUAUCCGGGAACGGGUUCAGGUAUUGGUUCCAUGGCUCUCCCGGGGUCCACACCGGGAACGAGGGCUCAAGUUUAUCUCUGCAACCGGCCCCUAUGGCUCAAGUUUCACCGAUUCCAGACCGAGAUGAUCAUCACGAAACAGGGCAGGUGAGCAGAGGCGUUGGAGACAAGUUGAUGGAAUGUCAUGUUUGAUGAUGGUUAGCCUACUAAAUAUCCGCCCAUCUGUGAUGUUCCAAUAGUCCUUUAUAUUCCGGUGUCAUAUUUGCGUAUAUUUUGACAAAUGUUAUUUACACAUCAUUUUUAUGAAGAGCACAUACAUGCCGACUUUGACAUAUAAUUAUUUACAAAUAAACAUGUAGGCUAUACAAAUGUUUAAAACCUUUUUUAUUUUCGUGCACUGUAUGCAGGAAUAGCCUAAGUGAGGAAAAGAAAGUGUAAAGUAUUGAUUAGUUCAUGCCAUGACCUAACCUUACGAAUUUUCUUGAACGCAAUGACUCCCUCUGAUAAUUUUCGUUUAAGUAAACCCUUGAAAUUGUAUUUGCAAUAAUUGUGGCAUCAAAUGUAUUUUCUUUCAGGCGGAUGUUUCCAUUUCUCAGUUUCAACAUCACUGGACUUAACUUGACCGCGCAUUACAACGUGUUUGUUGAGGUCGUGUUGGCCGAUCCAAAUCACUGGCGAUUUCAAGGAGGAAAGUGGGUUACUUGUGGGAAAGCAGACAACAACAUGCAAGGUGAGACUAAUAUUAAAUUCACCUGUAAUGUAGGCUACGUAUUUAGAGGCCUAUAGCCUACAGAAGCAGCACAUUUCAACUAACGGAAAUUAAAUUAUAUUUCGAUAACGCAUAGCCUGUCAAUUAGGAACGUUUCGUUAGAUGUCAAUACACAUUUCUCUAAAGUUUACACCCAAUUAACUGGCUAUUUAUGCUGUGUUUCUGGUCGUUUCAAAGCGCACACGAUCACAUUACCUAUAAAUGUUUUUUGUUGGUUGAUUAUCCCCAUUUUAAAAGAAAAGACAACCAUUCAAACAUUGUUAGCUGGUGACAUUGAUCUAUAAUGGAAAACGGAUUCAAUUAUAAUUCAUUAUUAGUAAUCUUUUUCUUCUUUUAGUUCAUAUGAUGUAAAAUGGCCUGCCAAUGAGACGUUUGUAAUAACAUGAAAAUAGUCAACUUCAAUCUUCUAUUUGCAUUUUUCCCCCAAAAUUGUUUUUUACCUGUGCAAUUUAACCAUAUUUAAAUAUUAGCCUAAUAGCUCCAGUUUCACAUCUGAUUGCUUUUGAAAAUUGAAAUCCUGAGCAUGUGAUUCAAUAAUAGUUUGAUUGCAAGUUAUUUUUGGUAAAUUGGCAAAUUGCUGGUCUUUUUGGAAAUGUAUAGAGUUUGACACAUAAGAGAAGUUCAAGUUAAGAAAGGGAAAAUAUCAGUGUUAUUCCUUACAUUUUUGUUUUGCAUUUGUGCUGCAUUGUACUUAAUAUUUUUAUGUUCUAUGUCCCACAUCAUUUAUUAAAUCACAGGUAACAAGAUGUAUGUUCAUCCUGAAUCCCCAAACACUGGUGCUCACUGGAUGAGGCAAGAGAUCUCCUUCGGCAAACUGAAGCUGACCAACAACAAGGGGGCAAAUAAUAACAACACACAGGUGAGGCCUACACCGUCAUUUAUUUAUUGUGACUCAAAUGUCUUUGGCUACUUUUUAAAAAGCUGUCUUUGGUGUUCUAGAUCACAAAUCAGUCCAAACCCAUAUUAAUUUUUUAUUUUGACAGUGCUAUUGGCAAAAAUCUCAAUGUAAUUGGUGACGUGCCAAAUAACCAACCACAGUAACUGUUUUGAAAGCAUGAGAAACCCAAGCACUAACUUUGAAUUCACCUCUUUUUUUAUUUUUUUUAUUUUUUUUGGUAGAUGAUUGUCUUGCAGUCUCUGCACAAAUACCAGCCUCGGCUGCACAUCGUGGAGGUCACAGAAGAGGGAGUGGAGGACAUAGGCAGUGACGCCAAGACACAGACCUUUACCUUUCCAGAGAACCAGUUCAUUGCAGUCACUGCCUACCAGAACACAGAUGUAAGAUGCCCACUACUAUCAAUCUACUUAAAUCUUAAGUAGAUAAGAUCCAUCUUCUCUACAUAAAAAAUAUCAGAUCUGCUUAAGAUUUUAAGUUUCUACACUGAGUACACAAAACAUUAAGAACACCUGCCAUAGACUGACCAGGUGAAAGCUAUGAUCCCUUGUUGAUGACACUUGUUAAAUCCACUUAAAUCAGUGUAGAUGAAUGGGAGGAGAUGGGUUAAAUAAUUAUUUUCAAGCCUUGAGACAAUUGAGACCUGGAUUGUGUAUGUGUGCCAUUCAGAGGGUGAAUGGGCAAGACAAAAUAUUUAAGUGCCUUUUGAACGGGGUAUGGUAGUAGGUGCCAGGCGCACUGGUUUGUGUCAAGAACUGCAACGCUGCUGGGUUUUUCCACACUCAACAGUUUCCCCAUGUGUAUCAAGAAUGGUCCAUCACCCAAAGGACAUCCAACCAACUUAACACUACUGUGGGAAGCAUUGGGGUCAGCAUGGGCCAGCAUCCCUGUAGAACACUUUUGACACCGCCAACUCAAUAUUAGGAAGGUGUUCCUAAUGUUUGGAUACUCAGUGAAUAUUAACUGUCUAUAAAAUGUGUUUUUGUCAACACUUCUGACCAUGGCUUGAACAUUCUCUCCUUUCCAGAUCACACAGCUUAAAAUCGACCACAACCCCUUUGCUAAAGGCUUCAGAGACAACUAUGACUCGUAAGUAACAAUAACUUGCUUCCUUUUUUGCAUGCGGUAUUGUGGCAAUUUUUUUCUGCUCUGCUACUUUUAGUCUCUCGUGUGAACUAGUUUUUCUUUUGCAAAUGACUCAUCCUUGGACCUUUUUUGUUGUCUCUCUCUUCCACAGGAUGUACACAGCCCCAGAGGGUGACAGGCUGACCCCCUCCCCGACAGCCUCCCCUCGCGCUCACCAGAUUGUGCCGGGUGCCCGCUAUGCCAUGCAGCCCUUCUUCCAGGACCAGUUUGUCAACAACCUGCCCCAGAACCGCUUCUACACCGGGGAGCGGGCCGUGCCCCAGACCAACAGUCUCCUUUCCCCCCAGGCUGAGGAUGCUGGGGCCAGCUCGGCUCAGCGUUGGUUCGUCACCCCGGUCCAGCAGACGGGCUCCAACAAGCUGGACCUAUCCUACGACCAGGACUACUCAGCCAGCAGUCUACUGUCCUACGGCAUCAAGCCCCUGCCCCUCCAGACCUCACACGCCCUCAGCUACUACCCCGACUCGGCCUUCACCUCAAUGGCGGCCGGCUGGGGCACCAGAAGCACUUACCAGAGAAAGAUGACCACAGGCUUGCCCUGGUCCCCUCGGCCCAGCCCCCCAGCCUUCACAGACGACCAACUGGCUGUUAGCAAAGACAAGCUGCCCGAGGAGAGCACCGCAGCAUCCACUUGGAUCGAGAUGUCCCACUCGCUGAAAUCUGUGGACUCUACCGAUUCGGGCGUGUACUCCAUGGUCUGCAAGAGACGCCGGAUGUCACCUGGUGGGUCGAGCACUGAGAACUCCCCCACCAUCAAGUGUGAGAACUUGACCACAUCGGAAGAGUUCAACAAAGACAACCCCAAAGGCAUGGGAUACUAUGCCUUUUACACAAGCCCCUAAAAAGACUAUUUAUUAAAAUCUUAUUCUUUUUAGUUUUUAAUUGAGUGCUCCCCUUACCUUUUUUUUUUUUAAACACCCUUUCUUAAUUUUUAUCUAAAGGUGCC